GUACUUUGUCCAAGAGGUUGGCUUUCAGGUUUUCAUGGCGGAUGUUUCAAAGUCCAUUACAAUCCGCUGAACUGGACUUCAGCAAAAUCCGCUUGUGAAGCACUGGGAUCAAGCCUCGCCGUACUGAGUUCGAAAGCUAAAUUACGAGAAUUUCCUCAGUUGUUGAAGAGUGCAGGUGAAAGCACACGUUUGUGGAUUGGUUUAUACAGGGAUCCUAAAAACGAGCGACGAUGGUUGUGGGUCGAUGGGUCAACCGCUUAUUUCACUUCCUGGAGUACUGGAGAACCAAACAAUGCUGGUUCAAACGAGGAUUGUGUGGAAAUGUGGCCAGGGAAAUGGAAAUGGUGGAAUGAUGUAGCAUGUGGUUACCAUUUUCCUUACAUUUGUGAAAUCAGUGGUAAGUACAACAUCCUUCAUGAACGUAUAUACAAUUGAUGGUUUGAAACUGGUUUUAAGCCCAGGGGGUACUCAACAAAUGUUUAUACGAGGAAGCUCCAUCCCCGAUUUUUCACGAAAAAGGUACCCCUUUCGUAUACCUUCUAUUGACAAAUGGUACCUCUUUCACAUCUGUUUAGAACUUUGCAUCCCUUUUAACUGCUUUAAAUGCACCGUCUUUUAAAUACGAAUCAAUCACAAAAAUUGUACGUUUUCUCGACUUGUCAAAGCCAUAAAAUUCAUCUGUCCCCUUUGGGCCCUUUUACAGAACUGACCCAAAUGACAGAUUUCCUCACCCUUUCAUAUACUUCAACUGGUGAAAUCCCUACCCUUUUGUAUAGCUAAAGCCUGAAAAAGGUUCCCCUUUCGGGUGGAGCCUCCCCGUAUAGGCCAUUAUAGGGAGUAUGCUCUCCGAGGUUUUAAGACAAGACACAGGGCUUCAGGUCACCCAUAUUUAUUCUGGCCUGGGAUGUUAUGAUCUGGUUGUUGGGGUAAGUGAUACUAUCACCAUGUAGGGUUGAGAUACAGAGAGGAAUACAAGAUCACCGCGCUUUAAUUGUAAUACCUUUAUAAAAGGAAGGAGGGUGUGCACUUUGGCAAUUUGUAAUAAUCAUCGCGCUUUGUAUUAUCUUUAACAAAUAGAUUCCGUGUUGCACAGGAUCUGUUCAAUAAUAGAUCACGGUGGUAAAAACAGCAAAGUGGCACAUGCACGAGUCUCAGACGAAUAAAUCGCUGAUGUUUUUACCACAUUUUGACGCAUUCUUUGAUCUCAGUAUUACUGAACAGACCCAUUGCAACAUGGAAUCUGUUUGCUUUAUACAAAGAUCAGAAAAGAAAAAAACGACAAACUAAUGCCUCGUACCGCUUGACUGUUCGAGGAUUUGUGGACGUGUCAGCAUUUUCGUAGUCACAAACUGUUCUUUUAGUCCAAGCUUCCUAUUUUCCGAUGUAAUCUCACCACUAUAUAGUUUAUCCCAAAAGUCUGUCAAGGCCUCCAUUUGCACAAAGCAGAAUAAUCGUGGAGACAUUUUGAAACUGUGAGUCUGUUGCAGCAAUGCCAUACGAUGGCAACUCUUGUGAAGAUUUCUUCCAGUUUAGGCAUGUUCAAGUCGUCAAGACCUGUUUUUGUCUCGGUUUGUCCGUUUUUCCAUCGGCCGUUUUUAUACUAAGGACGCAUUAUCCGUCUGGACGAACUUGGGCAAACAUUUUUGUAGUUUGUCUGUUUAUGCGUCUUUAGCAUAAAGACGGGCACAAGACGGAUGCACUACGCGUCCAGACGAACUACCUUUCGUAGUGCGUCUUUCAAGACGUAUUUCGAAGGAAAGUUCGUCCAGACGCAUAAUGUGUCUUGUGCCCGUCCGGACUUUAGACGCAUAACCAGGCGAACUUCAAAUGUUUGCCCAAGUUGGUAAAGACGGAUAAUGCGUCCUCUAGUAUAAAAACGGCCAAUCUUUAGUUAUCACAUUCUCUUGCCAUUAGAUUCACUUUUGAGGCUCUUUUAUGACAGUUAUCGUGACAUAUUGCCUCGUUGGUAUCAUCCGAUUCCGUUUUUAUUGUCGCACCAUUCAUAAAAAUUAUCGUGUCUCGUCUGCUUUGUUUGUUGCUAUUUUCCAGGGGCUACCAUAAAUCUUUAUAAGAAGCGCUAUAAAGUGAUAUACAUUCACUUAAUGAGUUUACCACCACCAUGGAUGAACUAGGAAUUACUGUUACUUACUGUUAAUGUUAAAAUGGAAAAAGAGUGGGUUCCACUAAAAUAUCAGCAACAGAAACUCAACGGAUGAAGUUUUAUUAUACAGGUAAUUUACUUUAGUGUUCAGAGAAACGACAGUUUUUUUUUUUUUUGCAUCAACUCAGCUUCAUGAUGCAGCGAGACGACUUUACUUCGUUGCAGCGAAUCGAUUUCAUUAUGCAGCGAAUUGUAGCGAAACGACUGUCCACCACUUAAAAACCCAACAGCUAGUGUCGAUUUCUUAUUAUUAUUAUUAUUAUUAUUAUUAUUUUCGCAACUGCAAAAGUUGCGUCUAUAACUGCGAUGAUCUACUUUCAUAUAAUUCUUCACCCCGCA